AUGGUGUCUCUCGUUGAGCUGUCCAUUACACAUCGUAAGGACGUCGAUAUAUCCGGCCUACGAGCGACCUUCCAGCGCCAUGAAGUUACUCUUCCCACGGUCCUACGUCUACGCAUUCUGUCACAUGGCGACUGGUCAUUCCUGGUGGAGGCCUGUCCUAACACCGAAACACUGGCUCUUGAGUACAACCUUGGUCACGAUGGUCUGAUGGAGACGAGUUUCGCAACCGCUUUCGGCUUGUUUCAGAGGCUCACCAAUCUCUCCAUUACUGCCAGGCAAGAGAUCACCGAUGAAGAUGAGGAAGAGCAGUUCUCCGAUGACGAUUCAGGAGAUGGCAGCGCCGUUGGGGAUAUGUAUUGGGAACAUGAGCUCGACGAAGAGCAAAGUUUCGUAGCUAGGAGUUUCUUCGAACACUGCCAUGUACUCGAAACGCUGUCCCUGGUGCGCGUUGGCGAGACCACGCCGUGGUACCCCGUACGUGGAAACGAUGGAGCUCUCGAGUCGGUUUACUCUCCACAAAUGGACCGCCAGGCGUGGAAUGAUACCUACAUGCUGGAAAGACAGGAACACGAUGACGAGGGCUUCCCUAGGCUCUUCACCUUUCGCCGACAAACCGAGUACGAUGAAAGCUGGGAUAAUCCUAGUUAUGAGGAUCAGAGUCGUGAGGCCACGGAGCACAGGCUUAAGGAGCGAGACAGGUACUAUGCUAUCAAGCAGGAGGCUCUCGGGCUGGGCCUGUGGGAAGGAGACUCUAGAUGGCAUGGUUAA